AUGUUAACAGCCAAAAAAAGAAACUUCCGUUUAUUCGAAGUUUUCCCUUCUCUCUCUUCAUACCCAAGACAAAUGUUGGCUCCACGGCAACGCCGCCUAUCCUCUGCUGCCACUGAUGCAAACGGCCGUUUGAAGAGCAUCGGAAGUGAAGGAAAAAGAUCUCCUUCCCUCGAAUCAGGAUCGCCUCCUGUUACCAGUCACAUGGACUGUUCCAUGGAAUAUUUGGCUGUUUUAGUCAAAGAAAAGAAACAACUUGAAAUGUUCCCAAAUGCUUUCCAACAUGCUGAUCGACUUGUUGAAGACGAGAUAGCUCGUGUUCGUGUCGCCCUUUUCCAAACUGAUUUCGUUAUUGAUGAGGUGGAUCUACCAGAGCCCAAGGGAGAAGUAGUGACUGUCACCGAAAAGAUAUAUGUUCCAAUUCGUGAUUAUCCUGAUUAUAACUUCGUUGGACGUAUACUCGGUCCAAGAGGUAUGACUGCCAAACAAUUGGAACAAGAAACUGGCUGUAAGAUAAUGGUCCGAGGCAAGGGAUCAAUGAAAGAUAAGAGAAAAGAAGAAGCUAAUAGAGGACGCCCGAACUGGGAGCACCUCGAUGAUGAUCUGCAUGUACUUCUUCAAUGCGAAGAUACUGAAAAUAGAGCCCGUAUGAAAUUGGCCGCAGCAAUGACUCAUGUGAAAAAACUCUUAGUCCCUGCUCCAGAGGGAACUGAUGAGCUUAAGAGAAAACAACUAAUGGAAUUAGCUAUUAUUAAUGGUACUUACAGACCAUAUCAUAAAUCGAAUAUUGGUAUGCCUCCUGAAGGACUUUCAACAGGAUCUGAGGAAUUGUGUUCAAUUUCCGGAGGACGAGUCAUAACUCCUGUCCCUCUCAUGUCUCCUAUGCGUGGACAACUUUUUGUGUCUCCAACAUCUAGUCCCACCCCAGCUUCAACUUACGUGAAUGACUGUUUACAGACCACGACUCCGUCUUACCUGAAGAACGCCCCAGCACAAUUCGACUGUUCCCCUUACGUGAGUCCGGCACUCUUGGAAUCUGCAUUAGCUAACCUGGCAUCCUUCCAACUGUCUGAUUUGAACCUUGCUAACUUACAAUAUCCGACAGCGACCUCUCUGAUCAAUUCUUUCCCUAACCUCUUUGCUUCAUCGCAUAGUGCUCCUAAUGGUGGCUCCACCUCAUCGUCACCUAUCAGCCCGAAGUGA